AUGACAAAGUCUUUUUGUAGAAAAGAGCUUAUUUCUUUAUGCACUAAAUAUUGUCUACCAGUGAAUGUAAAAAGUACAUCUAUAAAAAUUUAUAAUAAAAUAUUUGAUAAGGUAAAAGUAGAUAAUUUAUUGUAUCUUAUUCUUAUAGUAGCAGCUAAAUGUGAAGAAGUGCAUACUAUAAAUAUUUCUUCUUCAUUAAUAAAAAAUGAAUCUUUAGUCCAUGAAGCCCUUAAUUUUGAAUAUGACUUUCCUUCUUCCUACCUCAAAAUGUGUUCUCUAUUAGUAAAAUUACAAAUAGAGCAUAAAGUAAAUUACAAUGAUAGAUAUGAAGAAGGAUGUAAAUUUAUGGAUUUGUUGUUAAUUAAUGAUGAUGGUAAAUUAAAUGACUUAGAGAAAGCAUGUAUUGCUUUACAACUUCCUGAUUCAUUAGCAGAGAAAUUUUGUGAUCUUAAUAAAAUAAAAGACUGUAAAAACACCUUUUUUACCUCAAAAAAUGUCACAUUAAAUUCUCUUUAG